AGUGUCACAUGCGAUUUAGAGCUCUCUUUUUCCUUUUCUGCUCCCCCCCGAAUUAAUUUACUUCUCAUCAUCUCACGCCAUCAUCAUCAUCAUCAUCAUCAUGCGUAUCCUCCGUAAUACGUUGUUGUCGCGUCAAAGUGUUUGAUAGUAGCACUAUGUCCUAGUCGUCGUAUGUGCUAAUUAUACUAAAAAUUUACAUUUUGUUAAUUCAUUCGAAACUCUGCUCAAAUUUUCCUUCCAAUUCAAAUUUAACUCAUUUGCUCUCCCUGAACCCUCUUAGUUCUCCCCCUCUCUCAUCCCACCUAAAAAUCAAAAUCAAUACUUUAGGCCACAUACUCCAAAUUGACAAAAACCCAACAAAUCCAUCCACCAAAUCGCCAGAGAGAGCAGAGAUAGUCUAUUUGUUCUUUUUAAGUUAAAUUUUGAAACUUGACUGAAAGCGGAAGUGAUACUACCCCGGUACUCGAUCAACAAAAUUAUCAAGAAGGAGAUUUGAGCAUAAAUUGAAGAGCAGUUUUUGUGACAGAUCAAGAAUUAGGGCUAGUUACAAUGCAGAGGCAGCAAAACCGAGGGAUGAUGGAAAUGGGGGAUUUUGUACCCAAGAUCCGGAAAAGGGGUUGCUCGACAUCAUCAUCUUCGUCAUCAAAGGUUCACAGUUACCGUUUCAAGCGGGCCAUUUUGGUGGGCAAGAAGGCUAGAGGAGGUAUCGGGCUCGGAGGGUCCAGAUCCAGCACGCCAGUGCCAAGUUGGAAAAUGACGCCUUUGAAGAGCGCCAUUGACUCCCCUAAGUUUUCUCAGAAGAGUAAUGGUGGUGGGAGGUCCCGGCCGGUCUCUGCCAGAAGGCUGGCUGCUACUUUGUGGGAAAUGAAUGAGAUGCCAUCGCCUAAAUUGAGUGAGAAUUUGGAGGAGGAGAAGAAAAGGAACAAGAAGUUGAUGAUGUUGAAGAAGGAGAAGUUAAGGUCAUCUGUGCCUCCCCAUUUGUCUGAUCCAUCUCAUAGCCCUGUUUCUGAGAGGAUGGAUCGAUCAGGAACCGGUAGCUACCAGAGGAGGUCGUCAUCAGUUUCUCAAAGGCUUCGCACUCUAGACCACAAUGCUGCAGUUUUUGAUUCCCUUAGCAGUGCUAGUUUAAUGGAGAUUGAGACUAGAUCUCGAGCACAGACGCCAAGUGGAUCAGUAGUUGGUGUAAGGAACCGUCUGAAGGAUGUUAGUAAUGCUUUGACCACAUCAAAAGAGCUGCUAAAAAUUAUCAAUCGCCUCUGGGCUAAUGCUGAUCAACCUUCGUCUAGCAUGUCUCUUGUUUCUGCAUUACAUGCUGAGCUUGAGAGGGCUCGGCUGCAGGUUAAUCAGCUUAUACAAGAACAACAUAUGGACCAAAAUGAAAUUAGUUAUAUGAUCAAGUGUUUUGCUGAGGAGAAGGCUGCAUGGAAAAGCAAAGAGCGUCAAGCUGUUGAGUCUGCAAUUGAUACCAUUGCAGGUGAACUUGAGGUGGAGAGGAAGUUAAGGAGGCGAUUUGAGAGCUUGAACAAAAAACUUGGAAAAGAACUAUCAGAAACAAAAGCAUCAUUUAUGAAAGCAGUCAAAGAACUUGAGAGUGAGAAACGAACCAGGGAGAUAAUGGAACAAGUAUAUGAUGAGUUAGCUAGGGAUGUUGAUGAGGAUAGAGCUGUGGAAGUGCUAAAGAGAGAUGCAGAAAAGGUCCGUGAAGAGAUUGAAAAGGGAAGAGAGAUGCUCCAUUUAGCUGAUACGCUGCGCGAGGAGAGAGAUGCUAAACACCAGUUUGAGGAGAAAGAUACUGCUGUUGACAAGCUAAAGAAACAAAUUGAAGCUUUCCUGGGGAAAAAGAAAGGUAAAGAAAAAAGAAGUGACUCUCAUAAUUUUGGCAACGGUGAAGAUAUAGCGGCAUGCUUAAGUAGGACUCAAUGCAGUAAUUACUUGAGUGAAGAAAAAGAUGAUGGAGGAGAGGUGGAGGACGCUGAAGAAGGCUCAGCUGAGAGUGAGCUACAUCCUAUAGAAUUGAACAUGGACAAUAACAGCAAGGCAUAUAAGUGGGCCCAUGCAUCUGCUGCUGGUUCUGAAUUCAGGAGGAUCUCUGUCGAAGCUGAAGGGAAGGGGAGGAACUCUUUUACUGGACAGAUCCCUAGGAGAAGCUCUUCUCUCCAAAGGAGCACUUCAGAUACUGCUGAAUGGGGGUUUAAAUCCAGAGGCAUGCAAAACCCAGCAGAUGGUAUAGACAGGGAGAGGUUCUCUGGACUCGAGAAGCAAGCUCAGAGAAAAAGCUCUGCAGAUGAGACACAAAGGUACAAGUCUGUGAAGGGCCUAAGGGACCAAUUAUUGUCUAAUUCCAGGACAGGAUCAGCUAGAGAUUUUAUGAGCCCAACCAGACAGUGGGAGCAACCAUGGCCUUCAAGAGAUCCUCAUGGUGCUGUUCAAGAGAGGAAUAGUUUUUCGCAGGGAAGUGGCUCAAAGUCAAGACUGGCAGAAAGCAGAGGAGAUGGACAGUCUGCAAGAAGAUCAAGACGGUAAAUUCUUGCUUCAGAAACUAAUGUUUGCAGACUGGCACUGAAGGCUGUGGACCUGGGAUAGCUCCGCAGAUCGAGACAAAUUGGAGUGUUUAAAAGAAAGAAUUAACAUCUUGUUAGUUAUGCUUUGAAAGUUCUCAGCAGGAAUCUGUCUUUGUAAUUUUUUAUUUUUUUUUAUGUAGAAAAUUGUGUCAGUUUUGAGUGUAACUUGUACAAAAAUCUCUGAUUCUAAUGAGUUAAUCAUGCUUUAAUCUUC